AAUUUGCAAUAUAAAAAGGCUAAUAGGGUCCAUAUAAGAUAUACACAUCAUAAUAUUUUUCCUGGUCUAGGAAUGAUAACAGCAUAUCAUGUCCCAAACCUGUUUCUCAACUCAAGCUCAGCCACUAAAUCAACAAAGAAAAUUGUUCUAUAUUCCCACAUAAAUCUUGUGCUGUUUGUCCACACAGAAAACGCUUUUGCAUAUUCCAUUACAACAAAUAUUUAGUCAUAAUCACUACCAAGCUCUUUGAGAUGGUUGAAAGACAACCCAUGUGAUGUUUUUUCAUGCUUAUGUGACUCUUCAACCUAACCCCCAUUCAUCACCUAAUUGUGCCUUCCAUUCAAACCCUGUCCACAUUUUAAGUGAUUGUUUCACACACCCUAUUUUCUAUAUAUACUCAAAAAUGUUAUCCCACAAUCAAAUCAAUUAUCCUAACAUUUUUUUCAUAAAAAAAUUCUUCCUUUUCUCCUUUUAGGCCAUAAAACUUUAAAUCUUAAAAACAUGGCUAUUCGCUUUCCUGGUAUUAUACAUGCCAAGCAAAUCCUCAGAAAAUCAAGUUGGUCUACCAACCAAGCAGCUUCAGUGUCCUCUGCUGAAGUUCCCAAAGGCCACUUUGCAGUAUAUGUUGGAGAAACAGAGAAGAAGAGAUUUGUAGUUCCAAUAUCAUUAUUGAGUCAGCCUUCAUUUCAGGAAUUGCUUACCAAGGUGGAGGAAGAAUUUGGAUAUGACCAUCCAAUGGGUGGUCUCACAAUUCCUUGCAGAGAAGAUGUCUUCCUUCAUCUUGCCAAUGGAUUGUGAUUCAUGACAACACUCUGAGAAUAAUCAAGAGACAAUUUUGUAAAAAUCUUGUAAAUGUUUUUCCUUAGGGGUUGGAAAAUUGGUCGACCAGUGGAGAGAGUUGUAGAUAAGAAUUGCUUGGAAUCUCCCUCACAUUUUCCAUGAAUUAUAAAGUCAAUAUAUUAUUCAGUUCAAUCUGCUUGUACUUCUACAUAUAUACGGACCAUUACAGCA